UGACUUCAACCCUGAGGAGAGUGUACCACGUAGCAGCAUUCAGCUGGUAUGCAUUUGUUGUGAAGAGUCUCAUUGCGAAGGAGGGAGAGGAGUUGCCACCAGGAAUCUUUGUUUAUGGAGGACCUUGGAAGUACCUUACUUUUUUGAAUUUGUUACUACAAAUGUCAUUCUUUGGACUGGCGGCCCUGAAUGAUCUACAAGCUGUGAAACAUUCAGAGAAUACUCUAAACAGAUGUAAAGACCUUCUCUUCUCGGUCUUUGCCUUCCCUGUGGGCACGUUUGUUGUUCUACUUUUCUGGACGCUCUUUGCCUAUGACAGAGAAUUAGUCUACCCAGCUACAAUUGACACCUUCUUUCCUCCCUGGAUAAACCAUGCUAUGCACACAUUUGUCCUUCCUGCUUUACUUGGAGAAGUGCUGGUGCAGCCUCACAUCUACCCACAGACGAAAUAUGCACUGGCAGCAUUAGGAGGUGUGGGCUCGGCAUACUUAAUUUGGAUUAUAUGGGUGUACUUGUCAGUUGGGAUUUGGGUGUACCCCCUUCUGGCGUACUUCAGCACUGCUGGUCUGGUGGGCUUCUUCGUUUUUAACAUGACGGUGGUGACAUUGCUCUACGUGCUAGGAGACCAGCUCAACAGCCAUGUUUGGAGUAAGGACAUGAACAACAUGACAAGAAAAGCAAAGUAACUCAGCAUCUCUGCCACAUAAAUAUCAUCAAACAGUAGGCAUAAUCCCUUAAACUAUGACUAUGUAACUUUUAAAAGAGGAAGUAACACAAUCUUCCUCUUUCAGAUGAAAAGUUAGAAUUAUAGGCAAUAAAAGGCCACAUUGCUCAAAUAAAUACACUCAGGGGUUUUGAUGCUACAACCUUUGUUGGUCUAUGAUUAGUAGCUUCGUAGUUCGUAACUCCUAUUUAGCAAGCAGUAAACUAACGUUACGGUUUAGCAUUCAGCUAAAAUUAGCUAUCAUUUUUCACUCCAUUAUUAUCCACAGUAGUGGCUGUUAAACAAAUGUUACAGAGUUUUAGUUUCACUUUAAAGGAGUUAAUCUGUCAUGAAACUGCAUCCAACAGCUAUAUCGUGUAACACUUAUACUUCGAUGUAAAUAUUAGAGUGUAGUUUUACAGCUCAAUAAAGGAGUGGGCUAUUUGCAUUGCACAAACACUUGAAUAAUGCAAUUUAAACAUCAAAGUAAGCCAAAUAAAGCAAGUACCACUGACAGCAACAGCAAGUAAUCCUCCUUUCUAUAUUAUUAUUAUCAUAUUCAUUUUAAGCAGUUCCUGAUUUAAAAAGAGGCAGGUUGAAUUCAAUCAGAGGCUCUUUUCCACAAAUGACCCACUCAGCAAUACAGGAAGCAGACAGGAUCCAACAUCAACAUUAUCCCCUCGAUAAUAAGCACUAUUGAGUUCCUCUCUGCACAAAAGGGAGUUCUUUUGUGAUUCAUUACCAAUGUCAUGCUUGACCUGUAAUAAAGUGCAUAUUUUUCCAUUAAUGAUGAAACAUCUGCGGGCUGCAGGAAUAACUGGACUUGUGGUAAUCCAAAACACAAUGCUGAAUUUGGAUGCCAUCAAAAUUCCAGAUGUGUACUGUCCAUCCAUUUCUGUUAAUGUCCUUAUUUUUGAUGUGUUGAAUCAGGCACCACGCAGGUCUCUGAAGCCUUUAAGAUGGUGGAGAUAGUUUGGAUCUGCAUCCACCAAUCCAACUGAAAGGAUCUUGGCCAAUAAAUGCACAUCUUCUUCUGUCAAAUCCUUCUGUUGAAAAGAUGAAUGUAAAAUAUACCAUCUCAAUUAUCCCAAAUGAUUCCAGCAUUUAACUUCGGAUGGUUACUCACUUUCUUGUUGUUGGUAGAUGUUUCAGAUAGUAGUUUUUGAGGUUUAAUUCCCUGUCAAAGGAAAUAAUGCAUCAUUGCCGAGAAUCACACUUUAUUUCCUUCUUCCUAACACUGGUCACUUCCUCGAGCAGCUCUGGUGCUGUUUUUGUUUGUUCCUGUCUUUUAAAUUCUUUAUCUGAAUUACAUUUUUAAACAGAAAAUCAUACACAAGAGAAACUCACCUCUUUGAGUCCUUUUGAAAAGCACAUUAUGAUGAAGAUAAGGCCAGCAACGACCUGAGCAUGUUAAAAGAAAACACUGGUCAAAAUAACAUAAACUACAGUCAACAGUCAACAAAAGCGUUGAUUAGUUGACAUGAAGUAAUUAAGAUAAUGUAAAAAGAUGUUUUUACUUACUCCCAGCAAGUGCAACAUGUCUAUUCCUCUUGGUUCUGUCCUGUUUGUGCGCUGAUUUGUAACUUAUGUGAGUGAAAUAAGUUCCUGCUGCUCUGAGCCACCGGACCAGAGUGCGUAAGUUCCAAAGGAAAACCCCGUGAAGAACCAGCAAUACAGGAUCAACUGGAUUUUAACAAGCACCUGUUUUUACAAUUGAAAGAUGUUAAUCACGAGACACGAGUGCUGGUACGCAAGCGACUGCGUAGAAUGAGCUAUUGUUAUGGAAGGAGGGUUAU